AUGUUCUGGAAGGACGACAGGACACGGGAGACGCACGUGAUCGCGGGAGAUUCCAUCAGGCAACACGUUAGCUUGAGUGAUGCGUUAAAGUUUUUGCCUCAGCCUUUUGAUAGUAAUAAAUUUCAGCUGAACGAGUUUCUAGACAACUGUGAUAGUGCGUUUGAGUUAGUGGCCCCUGAACAGCACGGUGUGUUACUGAAGUUUGUCAAGGCGCACAUUGUGGGUGCAGCUAGAAGUAAGUUAUUAGUUAGAGACUUGACAACCACUUGGUCCGAUGUAUGUGCUAUACUUGUUGAAAAUUACGCUUGUAAACGCACGUUGGAUUACUAUGCGUGUAAACUGUUUGCAAGUCGUCAGGAAAGAGGUGAAAUCCUCACAGAAGCCAUCCGAGGUGUGAUAACAGAAGCUGAAUUGGCUGGGAGUGUUGCGCUAGUGUUUAAAUUAGGAAGAGCAGUGUUCAUACAGGGACUCUAUGACGACAGAGUCAAAAUAAUAGUGAGUGCUAGAGGAGAGUCCGUGACACUCUCUGAAUCUGUUGACAUUGCUGCUACGAAGGAAACCGCGGUAGCAUCGGCUAAAGAGAAGCCGAUCAAGAGAAAUACGUUGGGUCAAUGA